CUUAUCAACUUUGCUAUCUCUCAUUUAUUCAUUGACUCUCCAAAAAAACACUCUUCAAACCUCCUCUCUGUUCCACUCUCCCCUGUUUCCUUCUUUUCCAUUCACUCCACUUGUUAACAACCAAAAACAGAACAACGGCAGAGGAAGCAACUAGAAAAAUGGUGUUGUUACCCAAAGCAACAACAGAACAAUACUCAUACAUCAAGAACUGCAUGCCAACCACAUUCUCUUCACAAAUUCCUCUAGUGGACCUUUCCAAACCUGAUGCAAAGAACCUCAUAGUGAAGGCCUGUGAAGAGUUUGGGUUCUUCAAAGUCAUUAACCAUGGUGUCCCCAUGGAUGCUAUAUCCCAGUUGGAAUCUGAAGCCCUCAAGUUCUUCUCUAUGCCACUCAUUGAGAAGGAAAAGGCAGGCCCCCCUAAUCCAUUUGGGUAUGGUAGCAAGAGUAUUGGGCACAAUGGUGAUGUUGGUUGGGUUGAGUACCUUCUUCUCACAACCAAUCAAGAACCCAAUCUCUCUCUGUAUGGCAAAAACCCCGAGAAAUUCAGGUGUGCUUUGAAAAGUUACACGUCUUGUGUGAAGAAAAUGGCAUGUGAUAUUCUUGAGUUGAUGGCAGAAGGGUUGAAGAUUCAGCCAAAGAAUGUGUUUAGCAAGCUUGUGAUGGAUAAACAGAGUGACUCUGUUUUCAGGGUGAAUCAUUACCCUGCUUGCCCUGAACUUGCUGUGAAUGGUGAGAACUUGAUUGGGUUUGGAGAACACACAGACCCACAAAUCAUUUCUCUUCUGAGGUCUAACAACACUUCAGGCCUUCAGAUUUCUCUCAGAGAUGGAAGCUGGAUUUCAGUCCCACCUGAUCAUAGCUCCUUCUUCAUCAAUGUUGGUGAUUCUCUACAGGUUAUGACCAAUGGACGGUUCAGGAGUGUGAGACACAGGGUUUUGGCAAAUGGGUUCAAAUCCAGGCUCUCAAUGAUUUACUUUGGGGGUCCACCUCUGAGUGAGAAAAUUGCACCAUUACCUUCUCUCAUGAAAGGAAAAGAGAGCUUAUACAAAGAGUUUACUUGGUUUGAGUACAAGAACUCAACUUAUGGAUCAAGGUUGGCUGAUAAUAGGCUUGGACAUUUUGAAAGGAUUGCAGCCUCAUAAUGCUAGAGAGGACUAUGAUGGUAAUUGUUAAUAUAAAAUGGGGGGUUACAAUAUAUACUAUAAAUGUUUUUGCCCUUUUCUUUUUCAUUUUGCUACUUUAAGGUUAUUU